UAAAAGAUGGACUUCCCCUCCGCCCGCCUCUCUCUCUCUGCACGACGUGGCCAUGGACAGCGUGACCACAGCCGUCACGCGGCUCAACAGCGGCGUGGACAUCCCCCUCCUCGGCCUCGGAACGUGGAAGUCCAAGCCAGGGGAGGUGCGCGCUGCGGUGGAGGCGGCAAUCUCCGCCGGCUACCGCCACGUGGACGGCGCCUUCGUUUACGGGAACGAGGCGGAGGUCGGGGCCGGCGUCGCCUCCUGCCUCGCCGAGAGGGUCGCGUCGAGGGAGCAGCUCUUCGUCGUCAGCAAGCUCUGGGGCAAGUAUCAUGCCCCAGCAGACGUGAAGAUUGGGUUCAUGAAGACCCUGACGGACCUGAAGCUUGACUACCUGGACCUUUUUCUGAUGCACUCCCCCAUGGCAUUUCAGAAUGAAGGUGAUGACCUCUGGCCAAUUAAGGAUGGAAAAAUUCUGGCAGCAGAUGUGGAUUAUGUGGACACUUGGAAGGCAAUGGAGGUGCUUGUGAAGGAAGGCCUCGUGAAGUCCAUUGGCGUCUCCAACUUCAACAUCGCGCAGCUGCAGCGGCUGCUCUCAGUGGCCACGAUCAAGCCCGCGGUGAACCAGGUGGAGCUGCAUCCGUAUCUGCCGCAGCCGGAACUGAUCGAGUUUUGCCAAUCGAACAACGUCGUGCUGACAGCGUACAGUCCGUUUGGCUCUCCUGACAGGGAAUUUAAGAAUGAGAAGAAUGACCCGUGCAACCUCCUGCAGGACCCAGUCGUGGAGGCCAUCGGUAGCAAACAUGGCAAGACCAGCGCCCAGGUUCUGCUUCGUUACCACACUCAAAGAAACAUCGUGGUGAUCCCAAAGAGUAUCACUCCAUCGCGGAUUGUGCAGAAUGCCCAGAGCUUUGGCUUCACGCUGGACGGGGAGGACACGAAGAAGCUGCAAGGCCUGCGGAGGGACUGGCGAGCCUGUGACUGGGACGCUGCCACGACUUCUGUCCACCCCAACUAUCCGUUUGACAGUUGAACGAAUUCAUACGGCAACAGCAAAAAGAUGUCUCAUUUGUCGUGUCAAUAUGCUUCGUGUAAAGACUUACAUUUACAAAGGAAAUAGCAUUACAAGGGUAACAUAACGUUACAUAUUCACCCAUGAAAUAAUUUAUCUUGUUAUAAAUUAUAUAAACACCAACGUAGACAAAAUCCUCUUCUGAUAAUGCUACUGUUUAUUUUAUUAAUCAAUUAAAGGUCGAGUCGUUUUGUUACCUAGGGAGGGCCCAGAAGUAGUUGUGAUAUCACUCGACUGCAGUUAGCCUCUGCUGAGAAUCACACUGAGGUCGCUGAGAUGAUGACAGCAUUAGCAACCUUGUUGCACAAAUCCCACCUAAAUGCGCACAUUUGCACGCGUCUGCAUAUAAGACUACCGUUCGCAAACUGCACACGUUCGCACGCAGAAAUAUGCUCGCACCUCGAGACACACAGCCGCGCUGACCUGCACGCAUGCACCCGCUUAUUCGACUGAAUGUGCACACACCUCCAGGUACAAUUGCAUAGGUCGCAGUGGAGCGUUUGCACCUAUUGAACUGUGACUUUAUGACUUGUGGAGACAUUAAAGGGCUGAUGGCCUCUUCUGUGUC